ACUAACUCAUUCGCGGUUGUGUUGGUCGUAUCUGGAUACAACAGUGCGCUCCGCGUAUAUUCCGAAUUGAUUUAUUAUUUAUGUAAAUAAAAAAAAAAUUAUGCGAUUCUUUGGAGGAUCAUAGAUUAUAUGCUCUACAGAUUGAUCAUAGAUGAUUAAUUAAAUAGUGCUCUGUGUCGACUUCGCUGAAAUGAAGCAGUUUUUGGAUAAUUCGAAUAUCUUUAAGGGUGUUUGCUGUUUUUUCUUGACUCUUAUUCUUUUCAACGUUUCUGAUUGUUUCAAUAUCGAAACUAGGGAACCCAUAGUGAAAUGGUCUGAAUUGCCCGGUUCUUAUUUUGGAUUUAGUGUGGCCCAACACCAAACCUCUGACGGGAAGAAAUGGAUGCUUGUGGGAGCUCCUUUGGGAGAGAAUCUCCAGCCAAGAACCAACAAAUCUGGUGCACUUUUCAAGUGUCCAAUGACUCAAGAUGACAGAUACGACUGUGUUCAAAUUGAGACUGAUGGACAAAGAGACAGACUCAACAGCUUCGAUUACGAGGACACCUACACCAACGGGGGUGAGCAACCCCUAUCGCCUCCAGGACGUGACGAGAUCAAGGACAACCAGUGGUUGGGAGUCUCCGUCAAAUCCCAAAAACACGGCGGCUACGCCAUGGUUUGCGCCCACAGGUACAUACAGAGCGACAGAUUGGACCUGUUGCACUACGGUUACGGGUUGUGCUAUGUCAUGAACCAGGACCUGGUGCUGGAAGACGUCCUGGAGCCGUGCAAGGGAAGACCGGUACAGAACCUGCAUCUUCAAUACGCCUUCUGCCAGGCCGGCACCAGCUUGUCCCUCCUGGAGAACGGCAUGGCGGUGAUGGGAGCCCCAGGUCCCCUAGCCUGGAAAGGCACCAUAUUCGCCAAGCAGAUCAACGGCGACUACGUGAAACGUGACAAGACUCUGUAUCAAGGCCCCCUCGAAAACAGCAACGUAACUGAGAAGUACAGUUACUUAGGAAUGAGCUCGGAAGGCGGUAGAUUCUUCAAGAAGAACAAGAUCACCUUGGUUUCGGGCGCACCUCGCUCCCACACCAUCGGAGAGGUGAUAUUCUUCGACCAGGUCGCCCACAACCCCAUCAUGGAGGUCAAGCUGAGCAUCAUGGGUGAGCAGUUCGCCUCCAGCUUCGGUUACGAGAUCCUGGCCAUGGACAUCGACCAGGACGGGUACGACGACCUCUUGGUCAGCGCGCCGUUCUACUACGAGGAGCAGACCUACGGAGGUGCGGUCUACGUGUACAUGAACCUGAGGAAGUGCACCAACCACGCCUGCGAGAGAACCAUGCUGAAGGGCAAGUAUGAGUCGAGGUUUGGCUAUUCUUUGGCGUCGCUGGGCGAUAUAAACAAGGAUGGAUUCAAUGAUGUGGCCAUAGGGGCUCCAUACGAAGGCAACGGCGUCGUCUACAUCUAUCUGGGUACCAAGACAGGCUUUCAACAAGAACCGUCGCAGGUGAUUAAAAGCAAGAACUUCAAAUCGCUGGGAUACUCCUUGAGCGCCGGUUUAGACAUGGACAACAACAACUACCCAGACCUCCUGGUAGGAGCCUACGAAUCUGACAUCGUCAUCUUGUACAAGACCAGGCCGAUCAUCGACAUAUCGAUAAAGAUCGAUGGUGACCUGAAGAACAUAAACACGACGAAAAAGGGUUGCCCUGCUGAUCCCGACAACCGUAACCACACCUGUUUCUCCAUCAAGUGCUGUUUCUCGAUUAACGAGGACGUUAAGAACGAGUUCAAGGUGUCCUACCACAUCGAGGAGGUGCUGGACAAUCAGAAGAGGUCCAGGAUCUGGUUCCACGACCCCAAAUUCGCCAAUCUGAAACAUCACUAUCGGAACAUCAGUGGCAUCAGCGUCAAGAGGGCCAAGAGGGAUUUGUGUCAGUCUGAGACGGUGUAUGUGAACGAAGGAGUCAGAGAUAUCCUAUCUCCUAUUGUGUUUAACGUUAAGUACGAAGUUGAAGACGACGCUGUCAACUCCCCGAUCUUGAACAAGACUGCCUUCCAGCAGUUUGAGGCCACGUUCCAGAAGGACUGUGGUGGGGAUGAGAUCUGUGAAAGUUUCCUGGUUGUGAACGCUGCUUGUCUUGGCGACUUUCCCAAGACGGAAGACGGUUACAUCUUGAACCUAGGCGAGAACGCGGAGCUCCAGAUAGAAGUAAACGUUUCCAACACCGGAGAUGCCGCGUACGAAGCCAAACUCUUCCUCACCUACCCUGGCGAAUCGCUCAGCUACAUAUCACUCGCGCUUCUGGACAAACACGAGACCAGCCACUGCAGCCUGUCGAACGAUUCGGUCGUGAACUGCACCCUGGGGAACCCCUUCCCGUCAGGCAAGACCGCCAGGAUCAGAAUGAGGUUCGAGGUCCUGAAGAACGCCAACCCGAUGUUGAACUUCCACAUCUUCGCCAACUCCACGUCCAAGGAACUGUCGAACAUGACUUCCGUCGAUCUGCGCGCCGCUCUGGAGAAGGUGGCCGAUUUGCAACUCAAGGGAAAAUCGAUGACCACGCACGUAUUCUUCGGAGGAGAGGUCAAGGGUGAAUCGGCGAUGAGGAGUUUGGAAGACAUUGGUGCCCAGGUGAAGCACCGCUAUCAGAUCUCCAACAAUGGCCAGUGGACCUUGCAGAACGUCACUGUUAACAUCUCUUGGCCGUUCCAAGUACAGUCUAACAGGAUCCAAGGGAAAUGGUUGCUGUAUCUGGAAAGCACGCCACAGGUUGACGAUGGUUACUGCUGGGUGGAUCCGCCAACAGCUGUAAACCCCAUAAAGCUCACGUCCACGUCGGUCCAGACAACAGAUGACACAGAAAGGGUGGAGAACGUAACAAUGACACCCUUGAAUUUCACCGACAACCCAGUCCAGUACUUGAGGAGGAAAAAGAGGGAAGCCGAAGAGUUCCUAACCAUACCCGAAAAACUGACAGAUAUCAGGGGAAACAACGUCGUCAAGUUGAGUUGUCAAGAUGGCACGGCCAAGUGCGUCAGGAUCUACUGUUUCUUCAAGAAACUGGCGAAGGACGAUCAAAAGACCAUCGAUAUAGUAUCGAGAGUGUGGAACUCCACGUUGACCGAAGACUACAGCAGCAGCGAUUGGGUGACCAUCGCUUCCAGUGCCCAGAUCUUGGUCAACGAUAAGACGAUAACCUGGAGGCCGGAGAGCAAGAACCACGAUGAGGUCGAAACCACGGCCUACCCCAUGGUCGUUCCGCCAGAGUCCCAGGUCAGCUUCUGGAUCAUCCUGAUAUCCAUAGCGCUCGGAGUCCUGCUGCUGAUCCUGCUGCUCUACGCGCUCUACAAGUUCGGCUUCUUCAAGAGGAACAGGGUGGACAGGACCCUGUCCGGGAACCUGAAGAAGAACGGAGAGAGCGAGAGCCUGAUACAGAUAAACGAGAUGAAGAAAUGACCCGCGACUACUCCUACUACUACUUUGGACACGACGGCUACCAGCCAGAGUUCGUUGUGAUAUUUUCUACAGUGCCGUUUCGGUGUGUUUCUGAGCUUGGUCGGACGUGGGUGUGUCGAUUAGAAGGAGAAACAGUGGAGGGAUUCUUCGCGAGGAACCUUCAAGAAGUGAUUGCAAAUAUGAUUCCAUCGAAUUUAAAAGGAGUUGGUGUACCGAACGAAGGCUUACAUUUGGAUAGAUUCGAGGUGCUAGAUCUUCGUGAGUUGAAAGAAUCAAAAAAGUUCAUUUCAGUGAAUAGGUUCUAUGAUUGAUCAAUGUCUUAUACCGACCUCAAAAAAAAUGAAAGGCAGCGUAAAGUUAAGGUGAUUAAGUGCAGCUAAGUCAUAUUGAAUUGUGUAAGGUCACGAGGUAUGAAGAAAAUAUUGAUCAAUUGUAGAAACAAUUUUAAAUUUAAUUAAAUCAAUAUAAAUUAGAGAAUAUGGGCAGAUUUCUACUUAUCUAGUAAUCGCAAGGGGAAGGAAUCUUGGGUUUUUGAACGCCAGGUGUCGCAUUGACACAUAUAGUCUUUAUGCUGCUGCUGGCCUUUGAAUUAAAUGCCCUGCUAUUCGUCACUUCUUACCUCAGGACCUUGGUCCUGAGUAAGGUGUAUAGAAAACCUGGUGUGUUUACUUAUACCUGUAAAACUUUGAGACAAAACGGUAGAUUUUUCAGAUUUAUACCUACUUGAUUUCGACGGAUCGCGUCUGUUUCAGAUGGCGCAUACAUCGUUUAUAUUUGACAUUUCUCUCGAUUCUCGGCUCUCGUGACGUUUGAGUAUAGAACGAUAAUAUUUUAUAUUCUAUGCUCGUAACAAUCUUCUAUACUCUGUCAUUAUAUUCUAUUAAAUUCAUUAAAAAUUCGAAAGGAACUGAAUUGUAAUUUAUUGUCUAAGUUUGUAAAGUCUAAAAUCAGUAUUUCAUUUUUAAACGGCGCCAGGCAGAUAGCGGGAAUUCAAAAAUUUCUGAAGAGCGCCACCUUGCAGAACUCUGGUGAAGCAGAACACCAAAGCAACAGGUGGAUAUGUCAAAAAGUCAGAAACAAAAUCGAAUCUGUACACACUAUAGGGUUUCUGUGCAUCUUAGCUCUGAGGUGAACUCUCGAUGUAGACUUCUGCCAGUUCUAUAUUUCUUUUGAGUAAUGAAUUGAAUUAUUGAUUAAUUGAUUAAUUCGAUAAUAAUCAUAAUUUAAUUCAUUCAGAUUUGAUUGAAUCGGUUUUCAUUUGAUUGGAAUCAAUUCAAAUUAAUAUUGAUGAGGUUAUAGUGAAAUCCAAAUAUUCAUGGAAAUCAGAAUAAUCUUAAUUUAAUGGUUUACACUGAAAAACAUCGGUAUAAUGUUUUUAUCGAUUAUUUAUUCGGUCCACCAACUACCAACAAGUAAUGUAUUCAACGAAAUAAGACUGACGAUCGUAGCACAAUUAUUUCUUGAUACGAAAACUUAGAACUAUUUAAUUAUAACAGAAAAUAUUUUCUGUUACUCGUUUAAGACUUACUUAAGAAGUAUUCUGCAUUUUUAUUGUUCAAUACUGACUUUAUAACAAUCCAAGUACCACAUUUAGCUUCGGUUCUUAUAUGUUCAUACAAAUGUAUCGAAGACUGCUAUCAGAGAAUUCAGAUGCGGAAUUUUUCUUUGUGAAUUCUUUUCAUUCCAGUGAUUUCUUUUCUUUUGUCUAAUUAAUCUUUUAAUUUGGAUUUUCAAUGCUUUAAUGUUUUUACUAGGCAUGCAAUGUUGUGUGAGUGGGCUUCCAAAAGACUUUACCCAUUAUGUUAAAGUAGGUCUUUUCGAAAUAGUUCCUCGAAUAGUAAACUUAAAAGUACUUAAAACAGAUUCGCAGCCUUCUAUUUCUACUAAAAGAUAAAUUUAUUUUGAAUCCUGUUGUAUAUAAAUAUGUACAUUUGUUUAUACGGACGCAAACCUAAAUUGUACAGUAUAUUAUAUGUCCUAUAUAAAAUUUGUUUCGCCUGCUUGUAAAGUGUGUUGCUUUCUUAACAAAAAGUGUGAUUUACGCCAAAAUUUCCAGUUAAUCUUUAAAUAUACGACUUUAAGCCUGCAUUUGCGAAAAUCUGUUGUUGAGAAUUUAUUUAUUUAGAGAAUAUAUUCUAUUCUUUGUUGUAUAGUUGGUAGGUUUUGUAAAUAUUUUAGUGAUAUGUACUUAUAUGUAUUUCAUCGCAAACUGCCUUUGUAUACUGAUUUCAGCUUUUUGCUGAAGAACUUGUUUACAGUUUACUUUAUAUUAAAUUAAAUAUUGAUUAAAAACUU